AUGCGCCUUUUCACCCGCGCGAUAUUGACCUUCUCCCUGGUUGGCAUGGCAUCUGCGUGGCCAGCGUGGCUGUCCCUGCGCGCUCCCAAGGUCGACCUUUUGCAGCGCAACCAGUGGUGUAAUGGCACCGAUGAUCACGAGACAGACUACUGGAUUUGCAUCUCGGACUGUCUGUAUAAGUUCUGUAUCAAGAAUUCGGAGUGCGUCAAGAAGUGCGAUGCUGGCUGCCGUGACGAGUAUUGCCACGGCGGCGACCCGGGUCCCUGGAAAAUCUGA